AUGAGCGAACAGGACUUCUCAUAUAGGAGACUUUUGCCGACGUGCAGGGUGAUCGUCUCUAUAAUGGCCUGCGUAUCCUGUGUAUCGGGCGUGGUUGCCGGCUACCUUUUCAUGACCAGUUUGUCAGAUGUCUCUGAGGCGGUAAAGAUUGUGUGGACCACCGGAUCGGCCCUCUAUGCAUUUUCCUCGCUCCUGUUGAUUAUUGCAGUUUGGAAGUUGAUUAAAUGGCUGGCCUAUCCAUACAUGUGCAUGCUGCUCAUGGCCAUUGCCGUCUACACGAUGAUCCUGCAGUGGUUAUUGAAGAACCUACCGGCUGCUGUGUUCUCAUCCGUGGCCAUCAGCUUUAUUUUCCUUGGAGUGACGUUGAACAUGACCAAAAGCCUGGAUGACCUACGCAUAGCUCCGUAAAGCAGUACAAAUGGUACUCGGUUAGUAUUGGAUUUGUAUUCUAAAUUUAAAGUGUAGUUAACAUGUGACACAUGUAAA